ACCCAUGAGAUUUCAAGUAAUUAGGUAUAUGAUUAAAAAAAUUCCCCACUUCUAUGUACUACAUCAGACAGUCAUUUGGCUUACAUGAGUAGAGUUCUGUUGUUGAAUUGGGAUCCUAUUCCAUGCUUUGUCAAUUAUGAGAUGACGGUUGAUUGCCUGAGCCUUUUUCUGGGGUUUUGGGAAGGGGGUGAAUUUGAUUUUCAUCUUCAUCAAUUCUAACUUAAUAUAGCUCCUUGCCCAUGUCAUUAGGAGCAGGGCUAUACAGAUUUAGUAGCUGUGUGUUUUAAUCUGAAGGUACUAUACACGAAAUUUGAAUUAGGGAAGAUUCAAAUUGUCUGUAAGUUUACAUUAGAGCAAUUGAGAUGUUCAAGAGGUAAGAUCUUUAUUGGGCCUUGUUAAUGUUGUUCAUUUAUGCAUGAAGUCCAGUUUUGAUUAGUUAACUGGUAGCUAGAACUAGAAUUUAGAAAGUUGCAUUCAUGAGUUCAAGCCUAGUAUGGGGCUAUGCCUUAAAAGGGCCCCGUUUCCCUUGGGAUUCGUGAUGCUUUGCUGCCAACCAAUGUUUCUCGUUCUUGGGUUUGUUUCAUUCUCAUGACUUCACUUUCAACUGUGACUUGAAUUUCCACUAUCUUUCACAAAUGAGGCCACAGAACUUGGUUAUAUUAGCUGUAACAACUGGCACACUAUCACAGUUUUCCGUCAUGAUAUUGCAUGAGAAAGGGGAGGGACAACUUAUAUUCUUUGCUACCAACUGAUAUGGUCAAUUGGCCAUACAUUUGGAAUUCCAAGAUUUCGACUUGAGGACUUCUAGUAUUGUUGUUGAACUGUAAUGAAUUGGUCAUGUAAUAGGCAUAGAGAUUUGUAAAUGGUUAAGUGUUUUUGAUAUUGUAAUUCCAAUUUUAUGAGAGGAGAGACGUUGAUAGAAGGAAAAGAGAAUAAUAGUACAAAGAGAAAAGAGUACAACUUAUUCAAUCUAUUUACUAAGUAGUAUGUAUUCCCUACUAUUAUCUUAGUCAAUUUGCUGCGUGUCUUUUCCUUAUUUUACAUUAUCUUUCUUUCAUCCCCAUUCAGAAAGUGAUUUGUUGGGACCAGGAGAUUGUCUGAAGCCAAAUAAUUUCAUUGCGAUUUUUCUAAGAAAAUGUUGGAAUUGACCUUCUCAGGCCCCCUAGAUAAAUGAAUUAGUUGCAAGAUGUGGAGCACAUUUUUUUAAGGUCUAGUGGUUAGUCCCCACACUGUUAAAUAGGUUACUUUUGUGUCGUGCUUUGAAGAUAAUUAACCCAUUAAAAUCUUGACUCCAAGAGCUUUACUCUGUCACAUUUGAAGCUUCCUGUCGAUUUUCUUUUGGAUUUUGACCUACAUUUUUUAACUAUGCUAACUAUAUUUAGCUGUGCUUUACUCUUGAUCCCUCAAAGUCUUCUAUCUGUGUACAUUAUUUAACUUUUCUCCCCAUUCGAAGAGAUUGUAGUAUGGGGAUGUAGGAACAAAACUAUAAAUGCAGAGUUGGAAGAAAUUACUAAGAAGAAAGAAGCGAAACAAUGCUAUUGAAAAACAAGACUAUUUUUGUGGGAAGCUUCUGCACGAUACCUUCAACGCUCGUGAUGGCUCUACCGGCUUCAACGCCUCUGCUGAUGGAUCCCAGUAUUCCGAUGUUGAAACCAAUUCGUGCAGGUACAAGUACAACGAAUCCGGAUGAACAAGAUCAAACUCAUCAACGACUAACCGGUUCCGAGGUUAUGGAGGAGGUGAAGUUGCUAUAUUCAAUAGCUUUUCCCAUCAUUGCUGCUGGAUUGCUUGUGUAUGGAAAAUCAAUGAUAUCAAUGUUGUUUAUGGGAAGAUUAGGUAAAGAAGCACUUGCUGGUGGAUCAUUAUCUAUUGGCAUAGCUAAUAUCACUGGCUUCUCUGUUCUGUCUGGCCUAGCUAUGGGUAUGGAGGCUAUAUCUUCUCAAGCUUGUGGUGCUAAACAAUGGUCUCUUAUGGGUCAAACGCUACAACGCACAAUCUUGAUUCUGUUAUUUUCAUCCAUCCCCAUUUCUCUCUUGUGGAUAAAGAUUGAACCUUUACUCCUUUUCUGUGGCCAAGAUCCAACCAUUUCAUCAAUUGCUUCUACUUAUCUGUCCUUUUGUCUCCCUGAUCUUUUCUUUCAAUCCAUUAUCAAUCCUCUCAAAAUCUACUUGAGAACUCAGAACGUCACUUUCCCUGUUACUUUUAGUGCUGCCUUUUCACUUGCCUUGCAUGCACCUAUCAACUAUUUCCUUAUCUAUCACCUUGGCCUUGGUAUUAAAGGUGUUGCUAUGGCUGUGGUGAUAGCUGAUUUCAAUCUCCUUGGUGUUCUUUUUCUUUAUGUUAGUUAUUCUGGUGUUCAUAGAAAAUCUUGGCAAGGUUGGUCAACUAAAUGCUUUGAAGGGUGGAAACCAAUUUUGAUUCUUGCCAUCCCUAGCUGUAUUUCUGUAUGCUUGGAGUGGUGGUGGUAUGAGUUGAUGAUUUUGUUAUCAGGGGUUCUUUUUAAUGCUGCAGAGGCUGUGUCUACUAUGGGAAUUCUCUUGCAGGCAACUUCACUUGCUUAUAUAUUUCCAUCAGCAUUAAGUUUAGCUGUUUCAACAAGAGUUGGAAAUGAGUUGGGAGCUAAUAGGCCUAAUAAAGCCAAGACUUCAUGUUAUGUAGCAAUUAUGUGUGCUACAGUUACAAGCUUAUUACUAAUGAUAUCUAUGACAUCAUUAAGAAAUGCUUGGGGCAAUGCUUUUACAGACGACGAGUCGAUUUGUUGGCUGACAGCAGCAGCAAUGCCGGUGGUGGGGUUGUGUGAAUUGGGCAACUGCCCACAGACCACCGGUUGUGGUGCUUUGAGGGGCAGUGCAAGGCCAGCUUUGGCUGUUCAUAUAAACUUUGGAUCUUUCUAUGGUGUUGGGUUGCCUCUAGCUAUUGUAUUGGGCUUUGUUAUGAAGAUGGGGGUGUUGGGCCUUUGCUUUGGCCUCUUGGCUGCUCAAGGUGUUUGUGCAUGUCUCAUGGUUUGUGUGUUGAGUAGAACUGAUUGGAUGAUACAAGCCCAGAGAGCCAAAGAGUUGAUUGGUGUUGAUGUGGAGAAUCAAACUAUAUCAAUUAAGUCAUUACUGUGCUAGAAAGUUAAUUAGUCUAUCUUUUUCCUUCUUGGUAAUGCUGAUAAGUAUAAAAACAGUACAGUACUGCUAUGUAUCUUUCCUUUGUUCUAGUUCUUAAGUUUGUUUGUUCUCUGUA